AUGCCUGCAGAAGACCUCAUCAACUUCGAUGUGAUCGAAGCCCACAAAGAAAAUAUCCAAGCGCUUCCCAGCGGCCGAUCCGCAAAGAAACUUGCCGAGACCUUCUCUCCUUCCACGGCGCUUACGUCAAAGUCAACAAGACCGGCUCUCCAGAGCCUUGCCACACCAACACCAGCAGACACAAAGAACAUCAACGACUGCAUCCGCGCCGAAUACGAGUCAGAGCUCGCCAACAUUGCCGAGGCCGAUGACCCUCUCGACGUGUAUGACCGCUAUGUCCACUGGAUAUUGGACGCGUACCCCUCGGCACAGGCAACACCUGCAUCACAGCUCCAUACCGUGCUUGAACGUGCGACCAAGGCCUUCGUCAGCGCGCCCCAAUACAAGAAUGAUCCUCGCUACUUGAAACUAUGGCUUCUCUACAUAUCUUUCUUUGCCGACUCGCCACGCGAAACCUUUGUGUUCCUCGCCAGACAUGGCAUCGGUGAGACGCUCGCUCUAUUCUACGAGGAGUACGCGGCCUGGCUGGAGGGCGCGGGAAGAUGGGCUCAAGCCGAGGAAGUCUACAAAUUGGGAAUUGAGAGGGAGGCGCGACCGACAGCCAGGAUUGUGAGGAAGUUUGGCGAGUUCGAGCAGCGUCAGGCUGCACAACCUGAGGCUGGCCCUUCGAGCCCUGCUCUCCCAACGGUCAGACCUGCACUGGCGGCUAAAAUUGACCCUUUUGCAGCCGUAGAAAGGGACCCCCAGGCCCCCGGUCAGACAAAUGGUCUCGGUGGACAAAAGUCUAAAUCCUCUAAGUCGAAGCUACAGAUUUUCUCGGACGCGGAUGCGGCUCCCCCUUCUGCUAUGGGCUCGCAAGCGUCUGGUUCGAAGGGCUGGGAUUCAAUCGGAUCACUAGCGGAUAGGAAGAAAGAGAAUGAAAUGGAACCCAAGCCAUGGACAGGCGAGACUUUGCAGGCAGGAGGCAAGAAGAGCAGCGGGCUGAAGAUGGCUGUGUUCAGAGAUCCGUUCAAGUCUCAGCUUUCCAAAUCACAUAUCACGAUUGCCCCAUCACACUACCAAGUGACCGUGAAUCCUUCUAACGGCAAGAAGGAGCGAGUGUUUGUUGACCUACAGGCUGUGUACCCCAGCCCUGAGGUACCAGGUACUGAAUUGAGUUUUGAGGAGAUCUGGGCGGCAAAUCGCGGUUGGCUUGACCAGACAUGGCAGGAUAAUGAGCUACUUCAUGGCAAAGCUGCAAAAAGCGUCGAGGACAGCGCGCCAAUACUGCCCCAAAGAGAGGCGGACAAGCUGGUUGUGCGCCAGGAUAUCAUCACGUUAGAUGAGAACGGCCGCAUUCCAGAUACACAUCGCACAGGAAGGAAGAAGAAGUUAGCCGAGGUCAACGAAACGCAAAUUAUCAAAGUGAAGCUGGACUCACCCACCGGUCCUAAGACCAUGAAAAAAAAACACGCAUCCGAGCCUACGAUGACCAUGCACACCAGGGCUGCUACAGACGACAUUUACGACAUUUUCAACGCCCCAUUGAAACGCUCGUCCGAUGAAGCAGAUGAGAAUGCGGAUGACGAAGACUACGAGACAGACAGUAAUUAUACUGCGAGCGUGGCGGAAAGCACCUGCACGACUCGACAGAUCACCACAAGCGAGGCAGGUGAUACUGAAGAAGACCAAGCAGCUCGAGACGACGAUACAUCGGACGUCAGAAGCGUCAGUGGAUGGUCCGAUUUCUCCACAGGGCGACACAUCCCUAGUAUUGACCGAGAUGAUGAUGACGAUGAAGACAAUCAGUCUGUCGUGUCCGACUUGAUCAACAUCAGAGAUGCAGACCCAUCUUUAGCAUUCACCGAACACACCAUCACUGCGCCUGAAUUCGAUGAUGAUGAUGAUGACGACGACGAGGAUCUCGACCGUCCAAUGCACGACGACAUGUCUCCGCCUAGGACGCGAACGACCUUCGUUCCAGUGCCUCCGGAGGACUAUGUUGCCGUGACGCGAACAUUCCGGGACCCGGCUGAGAUGGCUAACAACCGUCUCCCCUUUAUGACGCCCAUCACGGAGAAGACCGAAAUGUCGCUGAAGGUUGACUCUGAUGACCAUGACCGGUACGGCACCAAUAAGACUCCUAGUAGGAAGUAUGGCGCAACACCACGAGAGGCUGGGAAUAUGGAUUACGAGCCUAUGAGCAGCAGUCCACUAGAGGAAGUCAUCAAUGAGGAUUUCUCUCCAGUAAAGCACAUUCCAUUGCCUUUGCUUCCCAAGUCAAGACCAGCUCUGGCGCCCAAGAUGGACGCGAAGGUAGCACCAGCCAAAGGACCCAUCAUCAGGGAAGCCCAGUGCAACCCUGUGGACGAUGAUGUUCGCAACAAAGUCCUCGAAGAAACACAACCGUCCUUGACUUCUGCCCCUGGUUUCUACGACCACCGAGCUGAAAAUUACGGGAGGGGAGGCGAGAUCCGAAAGUUUGUCAAAGCUUGCAGAAGCAGCAGGAACAGUACAGACAGAACAGCCAAUCUCGGCGCCUCACCUAUCAUACGUCUCCCUGGCAUCGAGUCAGAGUACACCCUGAAGAAGGAGCUUGGGGCCGGAGCCUUUGCACCUGUCUACCUGGUUGAAAAUUCCCUGCCUGACGACGCAGAGGACGAGGAGGCACCGGUAGCGAUGGGCAGGGGAACUUUCUCAGUCGCACAUGACCACCGCAGGCGCCUUGAGGCACUCAAGAUGGAAACGCCUCCCAGCGCCUGGGAAUUCCACAUGAUGCGGCUGGCCCACGCGCGUCUCGGUCCACAGCACCACGCAAGUGCCUCCCUAUCCUCCGCGCUAGAGAUGCACCUCUACCAGGACGAGGGUUUCCUUCUCCUCCCAUUCCACCCUCACGGCACGCUUCUCGAUGUGGUUAACAUCUUCCGCGCGGAAUCCUCGGGCGUCAUGGACGAGAUUCUUGCGAUGUUCUUCACUAUCGAGCUAUUCCGUACGGUCGAGGCUCUGCACUCGAAGCAGAUCCUUCACGGAGACCUGAAGGCCGACAAUUGCCUCCUUCGCGUCGGCGGCGACGCCCUGGGCGCGCAGUGGCGAGCUGACGGCGCCGGGGGCUGGGGGUCCCGCGGCGUGACGCUCAUCGACUUCGGCCGGGGGAUCGACAUGCGCGCGUUCGUGCCCGAGGUCCAGUUCAUCGCGGACUGGAAGACCACUGCACAGGACUGCGCCGAGAUGCGUGAGGGCCGCCCAUGGACGUGGCAAAUUGACUACCACGGCCUGGCUGGGAUUGUCCACUGUCUCCUGUUCGGCAGGUACAUCGAGACGGUCAGGUGCGACGCUGGCGGGCUGGGAACGCAGUCCGGCCGCCGGUACAAGAUCAGGGAGGGCCUGAAGAGGUACUGGCAGACCGAGAUCUGGGGCGAGUGCUUUGAGAUGUUGUUGAACCCUGGCGGGCACGUUGAGAACGAGGAGGGCGGGCGGAUGCCGGUGCUGAGAAGCAUGAAGGCUGUAAGGGAGCGGAUGGAGGCGUGGCUGGAAAGCAACUGCGAGAAGGGUGUGGGUCUGAGGGCGCUGCUUGGUAGGGUGGAGGCUGUCGCCAAGGCGAGAAGGGUGUGA